GCACCUUGUAUAUAAUAUAUGCACUGUUUUACAGAUCCCUUUAUAAUGGAUAGUGAGGUAAAGGUUGAUGGUCGUCUCAUUGAUGUAAUAGACGAGGAUUGGAUCAAUGAUGAACUUCCUGUAGAAGACAUCGAAGUUCCUCUUGAUGAACUUCCAGAACUAGAGCAAGACAAUGGAAAUUCUCAUGAAACAAUUAAAGAGUUGGAGAAGAAAUGGAAUGAUGAUAAUUUGCAAUCGUUGCUAAGCAACAAUGGAAAUAGACAAUCGUAAACUGCUUUAUACUGUUAAAUUAAAUUUUCAGAUUAUGUUAAUUUGUGUGAAUUACUAUUUUGUUCUGUUUUCCAAAUGCUUUGUUUCAAUAUAAAUUUUUGAUAAAGAACUUUUUAUCAUGCUAUAAGCUAACAGUGGUAGAUAUGUGGCUGUCAGUUUUUCCAAAUAAACACAAAAAUCAUUUAUUUAAGCCCGGCACAUAUUUGCUUAUUAUUCAUGCAACGCAAAUAUUUAACUUAAAGUGAUAUUUAAGACAUUAACUGUUACGUAACAAUGGAGAUUUAUCUACAAUGUUGUGACGGUCACCAUGACGAUAUAUUUUUACCUGAUGGACAAGCUGUUGUGGUUGGUCGAUCAGAGGCAACAAAAAUAACCGACAAACGCUGCUCAAGAAAGCAGUUGGAAUUAACAGCUGAUUAUUCAAAUAAAUCGGUCACUGUCCGUCAACUUGGUUCUACACCAGGAUGUAUAGAUGGGAAACCACUGGACCAUAACAACAUAGCCUCGUUACAUGAGAAUGAAACUUUGUGCGUCGUGCAAAAAGAAUUUCCACAUAAGCUGCUUUUUGUUACUAAUGACAAUCAAGGUGAAGAAACAACUUCAACAUUAAACAAAAAAAGAACAUUGACAGAUUACUUUGUGAAUAAUAAUGUUCCCAAAUCAAAGAAACUGAAAAAAGAUUUAAAAGAAGAUAAUAUUGAAGAAAAAUUAAAACAAUUACAACAACAAUCCUUCAGUAAACCGAAAACGGAUACCAAACCACCAGUUUCCACAACAACCAGCCAAUGCGAGAUUGGUUGGUCCACAGUCGACCAAAGUAUGUUGGUGUAUCAGUCGGAAGGUUUGAAACAUUCGUCACAGGUCGUUGCAUUUGAUCUCGAUUCAACUUUAAUCACUACUAAAUCAGGUAAAACAUUUGCAACUGACUAUAAGGAUUGGAAGAUAAUGUUGGGGGAGAUACCGAAGAAAUUAAAACAAUUGUCAGCAGAAGGUGUAAAAAUUGUCAUAAUUUCGAAUCAAAACGGGAUUUCUAAAGGAAAAGUAAAAGAAGAAGAUUUUAAGAAAAAGGCAGAAGCUGUGGUUAAAGCAUUGGGUGUUCCUUGUCAGGUCCUAGCUGCCACAAAGAGAUGUAAAUAUCGUAAACCAAACAUUGGGUCUUAUAACUGGCUAUGUGACUAUGGUAAUGGUGGAAUAAAAGUUGAUGAUUUUACCUACGUGGGGGAUGCAGCAGGCCGUGCUAAGAACUGGGAACCAAAAAGAAAGAAAGAUUUUAGUUGCAGUGACAGGCUAUUUGCAUUAAACCUCAACGUUCCAUUCUUCACACCAGAGGAAUAUUUUCUCAACCAGAAACCUGCCAAGUUCACACUUCCAGAAUUUGAUCCGAAAUCUUUAAAAAGUUCGUCAAAAGAACUUACUUCAGUUGGAAAUAUUGUGAGCAACCAGCAAGAAGUUUUGAUCCUUGUUGGUUAUCCUGCUUGUGGUAAAUCAACAUUCACCCGACAACAUUUGGUUCCUAAGGGUUAUGUUCAGAUUAACAGGGACACCUUGAAAACUUGGCAGAAAUGCGUGGCAGCUUGUAAGUCAGCUCUUGCAUCAGGUAAAAGUGUUGCUAUUGACAACACUAAUCCUGACAUUGAAUCCAGGAAAAGAUAUAUUGACUGUGCUAAAGAAAGGAAAUGUCCAUGCCGAUGUUUGUAUUUUGAUAUUUCUAUUGAGCAUGCAUUUCAUAACAAUAGAUUUCGUGAACUAAGCGGUACUGCUCAUGACAUCAUAUCUUCAAUGAUAAUUUACUCUCAUCGUAAAAAGUUUGUUGAACCGACUACCAAGGAAGGUUUUGAUGAAAUAGUCAAAGUUAAUUUUGUUCCUUCCUUUGAAAACAAAGAGCUUGAACGAAUGUAUUACAUGUAUAAUGUUUGAUUGUUCAAUGUGUGAUUCCAAUUAAUUUAUUGAUUUAAGUUUUAGUUUAUAAAAUAAUAAAAGCUGCUUCGAUUUGUUUUAAAUAUAUAUCUGAUUCUAAAAAGAAUCCAUUUUCUUUAUGUGUAAUCCAAAGUAAAAAAUUAGACGAAGGCACAGCAUAUCUAAUUUACAAUUAAAAUUUUUUUUUGUUACAAUAUGUCAAUUUUAAUCUUUGCAUAAAUGGAAAAAAUAAAAUCAUAUCAGUGCUUUCUAUUUACUUCUUUGGUGCAUAUAUAGUAGUUAAUUGUACUCUUGAUCUGGCCGAAAACAUUACCAAAUAGAAAGAAACAUACAUAAA